CUUCAGUUUGCAUCCGGCCGCGUGCCAAGCCAACAGUAUUUGGAAUUUUUUGACCGGGUUGGUACAUGUGGAUGAAAAGUCGUUAUGGUUUCACGUGGACUUCAUUUUCCGUGAAGAUUUUUGGGAUUCGGAACAGCCGUUCUCGAGAUCUAACGUGUUCAUUAAUUUUUUUAUCAGGGAAAUUUGAGGUUUUAGGAUUUUCUGUGAGGUGAACUGUUCAGUGGGGAUUCUUCUGGUGGUCUUUUGUUAAGGUGGAGAUUUGUGAACUUUUUGAGAAGUCUUCUCAUUCGGGACGAGAUGCCGGGCUGUGGGGGCGCUCAGCCGAACAUCCGCCCACCCAUCGAGUUAAAGGAGCAGUCCGAUACGAUCAAGGGCGCCGAGUACAUCCGAGUGUCGAAAUUCUACAAAAACAGUCGCGAGGGAAAAUUCAUAAGCUUCAUUCACGAGGACGUGAGAACCCUCUACGACGCCUUCCGGAAAGGAGCCAAAGAAUCAAACAAUGGCCCCUGUCUCGGCUGGAGGGACAGCCUAAGCAAGCCUUACCAAUGGAUGAACUACAACGAGACCCUCCUCAGAGCCAAGAAUUUCGGAUCAGGAUUGGUAUCCUGCGGCCUCUCCCUUGGCCCCCAAACACUGAUCGGUCUAUACAGUCAAAAUUGUCCGGAAUGGGUGCUAACUGAGCAGGCCUGCUACACCUAUUCCCUAGUGGUGGUGCCCCUCUACGAUACUCUUGGACCUGACGCUUGUGCCUACAUCAUCAAUCAGGCUGAAAUAAGCCUCGUUGUUUGUGAAGAUGACAAAAAGUGUAAUUUAUUGUUAGACAAAGCACCAAGAUGCUUGAGAAAGUUAAUCGUGAUGAAGGAGACCCGACCAGCAACAAAUCAAAGAGCAAAGAACCGAGGAGUUGAGCUCAUGAGGUUCGAAGAUGUUGAGCGGCUUGGAGCACAGAGAAAUCAGCCUGAGAUUCCGCCGAAAGCGACGGAUCUGUGUACAGUAUGUUACACAUCGGGAACAACGGGGAAUCCCAAGGGUGUCAUGCUGACCCAUCAGAAUGUCAUGGCAGGGGUUUGCGCUGUUCUCCUGCAGUUGGGUGAUCACAGACCUUCGGCGAACGACGUGAUGAUCAGUUUCCUACCACUUGCCCACAUGUUGGAGAGGUGUUGUGAGAAUGGAAUGUAUAUUGUGGGGGGAUCUGUGGGGUUCUACAGCGGGGACAUUAAGACACUUCCCGAAGACAUGAAGGCACUCAGACCUACGGUAAUGCCUGCUGUUCCGAGGCUACUGAAUCGGCUGUAUGACAAGGUGCAGGCCGAGCUGCAAAGUUCAUUCCUAAAGCGAAUGCUCUUCAACAUGGGCAUGAGAUCCAAGGAAUCGGAAAUCAAAAAGUGUAUCAUACGGAACAAUAGUUUAUGGGACAAAUUAGUAUUUAAGAAGAUUCAGGAGUCUAUGGGUGGAAGAGUGAGGCUGAUGGUGGUGGGAUCAGCGCCACUUGCUGGAAAUGUCCUCACCUUCACUAGGUGUGCAUUGGGGUGCCUAGUUGUUGAGGGAUAUGGACAGACUGAGUGCUGUGCACCGAUUACCUUGACCAUUCAAGGGGAUUAUGUGCCAGAACACGUGGGUCCACCCGUCGCCUGUUGUUGUGUAAAACUUGUGGAUGUACCUGAGAUGGAGUACUACGCGGCCAAUAAUCAAGGCGAGGUAUGCGUCAAGGGUACCAAUGUUUUCGUUGGUUACUACAGGAAUCCAGAGAAGACUGCUGAAGUUGUUGAUGAACAGGGCUGGCAUCAUACUGGGGAUAUUGGCAUGUGGUUAUCAAACGGUUGUCUAAAAAUAAUCGACCGAAAGAAACAUAUCUUCAAGCUUUCACAAGGUGAAUACAUCGUACCGGAGAAAAUUGAAAAUAUUUAUAUAAGAAGUCAAUACGUUCACCAAGUAUUUGUUCACGGUGAAUCGCUAAAGUCCUGCGUUGUGGCAAUUGUCGUGCCCGAUGUGGAUGUUAUCAAGUGUUGGGCACUUGAGAAUAGUAUACCGGGAACACUGAGUGUUCUCUGUGCAAAUCCUGAAGUUAAAAGAUUGAUUCACGACGAUAUGAUUUCAUGGGGAAAAGAGGCUGGCCUCAGGUCCUUCGAGCAGGUAAAAGACAUUUAUCUCCAUCCGGAUCCAUUCUCCGUACAAAAUGGUCUGCUGACCCCAACACUAAAGACUAAACGGCCACAACUCAAAGCCUACUUCAAACCCCAAAUCGAGGACCUCUACCAGAAUUUGAACUGAAUGCUAAUUGCGACCAUAAUUAGAUUUUAAAAAUCGUGUUUAUCAGCAGCAACGCCAUCAGCACAUUUUUGCUAUUUUCAAAUGUUUGUUAUGAACCAAAGAUGAAGCAAGUGAAAAGUAUGAAGAAGAGUAUGCUUUAACGAUGACUUUUGAUUUCACGAUUGUUCAUCUGCCACGCGAAAGCCUACGCUCUAUUUUAUUAUGGUAAUUAUAAUUAUAAUGAUUUUCACUUUACACGUACAUGUGAAUUCACUGGUAGAUGAAGAAAGAAGAUGAGAAAAAGAGGAAUUACACGGAUUUUAAGCUAUUUAAGAGUGAAUUUAUUGCGGAAUGAAAAGAUUGAGUGAUGAAACUCAUGUUUUCAUUCCCCGAAAUCACAUAAAAGAAGAUUUGAGUAUAAAAUAAAAAUGAAUUAUUGUUAGA